GGGGGGCACAGCGAGACGACAGAGCCAGGAACAAGAUGCCCAUGAAGUUUAAUCUCUCUUAGCCUUAAAAGAAAAACUGAGGACUAAAAGUUAUGGAUCCUUUAUACUUUUCCAACACAUUUAGCCCAGAAGUUAGCUCCAGCAAUGUGAAUUCCUCACUGCUGACUAGUGUGACAGAGAAUGGGACACUCUCAGAGCAGCCCUCGUUCAAAUACAUCCACAAAGUCCUGAUCCCCAUCUGUUACCUCCUGGUAUGUGCUGUUGGACUCAGUGGCAACACGUUGGUCAUUUAUGUGGUUUUGCGCUAUGCCAAGAUGAAAACUGUCACCAACAUAUACAUCUUGAACUUGGCUGUUGCUGAUGUGCUCUUCAUGCUGGGCCUGCCAUUCCUGGCCACCCAAAAUGCCAUCUCCUAUUGGCCUUUUGGCUCCUUUUUGUGCAGGCUGGUGAUGACUGUAGAUGGUAUUAACCAAUUCACUAGUAUUUUCUGUUUGACUGUGAUGAGCUUGGACCGAUACCUGGCUGUGGUUCAUCCCAUCAAAUCAACCAAGUGGAGACGUCCCAGGGUGGCCAAGCUCAUCAGCGUGACUGUCUGGACAUUCUCAUUCUUGGUGGUGCUUCCAGUCAUCAUCUUUUCAGAUGUGCAGGAAGACUUUCACACCUGCAACAUGAACUGGCCAGAGCCUGUCAACAUCUGGUCAGCAGCAUUCAUCAUUUACACGUCAGUCCUUGGGUUUUUUGGUCCUUUGUUGGUGAUCUGUCUCUGCUACUUGCUGAUUGUGAUUAAAGUCAAGUCUUCAGGGAUCCGAGUUGGGUCUACGAGGCGCAGGAGAUCAGAGAGAAAGGUGACCAGGAUGGUGGUGAUCAUUGUGGUGGUCUUUGUGUUUUGCUGGCUUCCAUUUUACAUGAUGAACAUUGUCAAUUUGAUAUUCAUCCUGCCAGAAGACCCUGUGUUGGUAGGAGUGUACUUCUUUGUGGUGGUCCUGUCCUAUGCAAACAGCUGUGCCAACCCCAUUCUUUAUGGAUUCCUUUCUGACAACUUCAAGCAGAGUUUUCAGAAAGUCCUGUGCCUCCGAAGGGGCAAUGGUGUAGAGGAUGGUGACCCCAUUGAACACAGGCAGGAGAACAGCAGCCGCUUGCAGGAAUCCAUGUUAACCCAGAGAAAUAUUGAAUUCAAUGGGCAUAUGCAGACCAGCAAGGUCUAAGGGCAUGGUUUGGGACUGCAAAGCUCUUGUAGACCUUGGGGACUUAAAGGAGAGAUGUAUUCAUAGCAAAGCGAAAAGCUAAGACCCACAAGCUCAAAUAAAGGUACAUAAAUGUCUCUUCACUCCCCUUCCUUUCCCAGCUAAAAGUGUUAUGGGUUGCACUGGGCUGUGAUGGUGCUUUGGCCCUUAUGGUGUUUCAGCUGCCUCAGGCGUGUGCUGCCACUUUCUGUGCCUGGAGACCUGAUCUACUGGUGCACACUGCUGGUUUCCUACUGCUCUGGUGAUGGAAAGCAACACUAAACCUGUUUUAACUACCUUGCUCAGCUGAGUUUAUGGCUGUUUUGCACUGUUUGGA